AUGUCUGGACAGCCGCCCUAUAACCCGAACGCCUUCGAGUUCCGCCCCGGCCAGAGCUUUGUCCCCAGAGCCCAGCAGCAGGGCCAGCAGGGCCAGCAAGGCCAGCAGCAGCCGUACGACCAGUACGCCGCGUACGGCGGCGCGCCGUACGACCAGCAGCAGGGUUACCCCCAGCCGGGCUACCCCCAGCCGGGAGGCUACGGACAGUACCCUCAGCAGGGCGGAUACCAGCAGUACCAGGGCCAGGGGUACCAGCAGCCUCAGCAGCCUCAGCAGCCCCAGCAGCGGGCGUACCAGCCUCCUGCGCGGCAGGGGUUCCAGCCGCCGUCGUUCGGUGGUGCACCCAAGGCCGCUCCAAGCCUUAGCAUUGGCGGCGGCUCCAAGCCUGCACCGAGCCUCAAGAUUGGUGGCGGAUCCAAGCCCGCUCCGAGCCUGAGCAUCGGCAAGCCUGCGGCCAAGCCCGCGGCGUCGCUCAAGAUCGGUGGCGACGGGCCCAAGCAGACCCUCUCCAUUGGCAAGAAGGCAGACGACUCCAAGUCUGCGACGCCCUCCAAGCCCUCCACCCCGGCUCCGGAAGCCAAGGUCGCGAAGACUGAGACUCCCGAGCCCAAGGCCGAGGCGCCCGUCCCCAAGGCUGCUGCUACACCCGCUGCCUCGUCUGCUGCUCCCAGCGGAACGUCGACCCCCAACUUCACCAAGGCUUCGGCUAAGCAUGACGCCGAUGCGGUUCACAAGGAGAUGGCGGCCGCGGGCCAGGACGCCCUCAGAGACCUGUACGGCACCGAAGAGGCGGACCCCAACAUCAAGUCGCACCUGAACAUCAUCUUCACGGGCCACGUCGACGCAGGCAAGUCGACCAUGGGUGGUCAGCUCAUGGUGCUCACUGGUGCGGUCGACAAGCGCACACUCGACAAGCUGGGUCAGGAAGCCAAGGCGGCCGGUCGCGAGAACUGGUACCUGUCGUGGGCCCUCGACCAGAACAAGGAGGAGCGCGCGCAGGGCAAGACGAUUGAGGUCGGUCGCUCGUACUUUGAGUCGGAGAAGCGGCGGUACACGAUCCUUGACGCGCCAGGCCACAAGACGUUUGUGCCCAACAUGAUCCAGGGUGCUGCGCAGGCCGAUGUUGCGCUGCUUGUUUUGUCGGCGCGUAAGGGCGAGUUUGAGACUGGUUUCGAGCGCGACGGGCAGACGCGCGAGCACGCCAUGCUCAUCAAGAACAACGGUAUCAACAAGCUCGUCCUCGUUGUCAACAAGAUGGACGACCCGACUGUCCAGUGGGACAAGGCGCGCUUCGAGGAGAUUAAGGCCAAGAUCACGCCCUUCCUCAAGUCGGUCGGCUUCAACCCCAAGACGGACCUGACGUUCAUCCCCGUGUCGGCGCAGAUGGGCCAGAACAUGAAGGACAGGGUCGACAAUAAGACCGCGCCUUGGUCCGAGGGCCCGUCGCUCCUCGAGUACCUUGACAGCAUGGAGGUGCUGGACCGCGACGUCAACGCGCCAUUCAUGCUCCCCGUGUCGGAGAAGUUCAACGAGCUCGGCACAAUGGUCAUGGGCAAGAUCGAGUCCGGCCGCGUGCGCAAGGGCGACACACUCCUUCUCAUGCCCAACAAGCGGUCCGUUGAAGUGGCCGCAAUUUUCACCGAGACGGGCGAUGAGCUCGACGUCGCGUUCUGCGGUGACAACAUCCGCAUGCGUAUCCGUGGCAUCAACGACGACGAGGUUCAGCCUGGCUACGUCCUCACCUCGCCCUCGAAGCCUGUCAAGGCCGUUACGGCGUUCAAGGCCGACCUGUCCAUCAUUGAGACCCAGAACAUUAUCACCUCGGGCUACACCUGUGUGCUGCACGUCCACACUGCGACCGAGGAGGUGACGCUUGCGGCCCUGCUCCACUACUACGACAAGAAGACGCGCCGCAAGUCCAAGAAGCCUCCCCAGUUCGCCAAGGUCGGCAUGCUUGUGUCGGUGCUCAUUGAGACGAACGCGCCGCUCUGCAUCGAGCGCUGGCAGGACUACAAGAUGCUCGGCCGGUUCACUCUGCGCGACCAGGGGAAAACUAUUGCUAUCGGCAAGGUCACCAAGCUCAUCGAGAAGGACGACAUGCCCGACGUCGGUGGCCUCAAGGUUUAA